CAUUCUGUCGUAGGGUCGGUCAGAAGUUUACACGUUUGCCUAUUGCGUGUCGCUCGCACGCGGCAAGGCGAAGCUGCGUGAUGGUACGUGUUGUCCAUGUGUGCUAUCUGCCGCCAUUUGUCCACUCACAUAUGUCGGUUCGGUCCAUCUGUAUAAGUAACCUGGCACUCUGCGUGGACUCCUUAGCUUGCGCGAGAGAGUAAAGCAGUAGGUCGUGUCACCUACACCCGUAGGUCUGCGUAGCCUUUAAUUCGUCGUCACCGGUGAUCUGCGAGGUUUUGUGCGUCGUCAUCGAUGGAUUCUCGUGCGAAAAUCGGGCAAGCAGGCGUCGUGGUCCAGAUCCCGCGCCGCCUCAUGCUGGCCGAGGUCCUCCGGCAGGUCGGCGGCUCGCCGGCGGCGUACGCGACGCAGUGGCUGUCGGACGGGUACCUGAGCACCGUGCAGGCCACGGUCCCCCUGCGGUGCCACCCUUGGUGCAGGACCGUGCUGCGGGUGGCCGGGGCCGUGGCCCAGGGCGCCGCCGACGCGCUCAUCCGCCUGAUGAGGAGCAGGCACGGCGUGCAGAUCGACGACGCGAACUGGUCCCCGGCGGCGAGCAGGGCACCGCGCCGUGCCGAUCCGCGCCGGUUCACCGGGAGGGCGGCCGCUGUGAAUGUUGGAGCGUACGGUGGAUUCGCUUCGCAGUGGUGCCGUUCGUACGACGCAGCUCGUCUCGGUUGGGGUGUUGGCGUGUCCGUGUGGUGAUGUGUGGUCGUGUGCGAUGUUUUGGAAGAUUUUUAUGGAUGAAAAAUAGUAUGAAUAAUGUUAGUGUUGUAUUUUUUUUCAUGAAUAGUGUUUGAUAUAUAUGUGAUUUGGUUGUAAA